AUGAAAAUGAAGCAAGAGAAUUCGCUACAGGCGUCCGCAGUUUCUGAAAAUAAGAACUCAAAUCCGAAAAAUGUCAGAAAGUUCUCUCCAGUAGUGUUCUACGGUUCUCCAAAUGGAGUUCCUCCAAAAAGGCCGUCAAGUUUGCUCAGAUUGCUUCAUGAGAUACGUGUCGAUCUCGCCGAACACAAUAAGUCGAGAGAGGGGAUAUGGACUACAUUUCCGAGACAAGAUGAAGCGAUGAAAUUCGCAAAACAUCAUACGAAUUCACGUAUUUUUAGUUACCAGGAUCAUAUGAAUGGUCAAAGGAGGUUUCUCGUUUCCACGUAUAAGGAGUUUUGGCGAAGGUAUAAAGACAUGAAAUCAAAGUUUCGCCAUCAUUACGAAGUAAUUCAAGAGGGAUUUCCAUGCCACCUCUAUUUUGAUUUGGAGUUUAACAAGAGAGAGAACAUCGGUAGAGAUGGAGAUGAAAUGGUGGAUCUCCUGAUAAAUGUUAUCUUUGAUCUGUUACUUGAGAAGUAUUCUAUUCAAGGAACUGCAGAUUUUGUAGUUGAACUUGAUUCAUCAACUGAAGAAAAGUUCUCUCGUCAUUUAAUCAUCAGGAUACCAAGGACUGCAUUUAAAGACAAUUCACAUGUUGGUGCAUUUGUUGCUGAGAUAUGUUCGCGCAUUUACAUUUGUAAAGUAAAAGAUGAAAGCUAUGAAAAACUAUUUGUCUCCAAGAGUCCAAAUUCUGCUGAUAGCCAGCGUCAGCUUUUUAUCGACACUGCUGUCUAUUCCAGAAACCGUUGCUUUCGACUGGCCUUUUCAUCAAAAGCAGGGAAGAGUUCUUUUCUUCUGUCCAGUGGACGUUUCAAAUGUAAGGACAUGGAUGAAGAAGAAACAUUUAUGACAUCAUUGAUUUGCAAUGUGGAUGCUGAUACUGAGAAACUCCUAAUUUGCAAGAUGGAUUUAGAGUGUGUGAAGGCUUUGCACUUUGAAACGGAGAUCACCAGUAACGUUAGUAAACAUUCUAAUGGUCCUGAAAGGUUUUAUCUGAAUGCCUUUAAAAGUGAAGCUCCAUCAACUUACGUGUCAGGAAAAUCGCCAUACCUUGCUUUGGAUGCAUUUGUGGAAGCAAUUGCUUCUAAAGGAGAUUUACCAGGGAAAAUUCGAAGUUGGUACUGGUUCUCGGAAUUCGAACUCAUGGUUUACAGCAUGUCUAGAAACAGAUAUUGUGAAAGAAUUGGCAGAGAACACAAAAGCAAUCACGUUAUUUAUGUUGUUGACCUAAGAAGGGCUGUCUAUUAUCAAAAGUGUCACGAUCCAGACUGCAGAGGUUAUCGAUCUCCAAUACGUACAGUCCCGGAUGAUGUUAUCUCCGAUCCCCAUUCUCUCUUAAAUUUUUCUGGAGAUAUAGAAAUUGAGGGGAAAAUCGGUCCAACAGUUGAAAAAAGUGGCACGGACAGCUGCAUUAAAGACGAGUGGUGGGAUGAAGCAGUAAAAGUUGCUGAACAGGUUGAGCAGAUACAGAAAGCACUAGACAUGGCUCAAAUGGAGGAAAAGAGCGAGGAAGAUGAAAAUUGGUGGAUGGCCGUCGAAAGCGCUGCAUCCGAAAUUGAGUCAACAUACCUUCAGCAAGAAAAUUUGGCCAUUCGAGAUAAUAUGCUGCUUGUGUAA